AUGUCACUUAUUUUGCAAGAAGAACAACAUCAUAACAGCACAAAGAAAGAGACCUGGUUCAAAGAAGAUCUUAGUGGAAGCAAAUUGAAUACUGGUGAACCAACAGAUUGGCUUGAACUAGAGCCUGUCAAACCAUGUCCGUACAAUGUCAUGACAGCUGUUAGGCAAAAACUUUUAGCCCUUAAAGUCUUGGAUGCCAAAGUUGAAACAAAAACUGCAAACAUUUGUACAGAUCGGACAUUGGCAGGUGAUAAAAGUGGUAUUGAAGGGAACAAUAAGAGUACUCUAGAUCAAAACAAAGAAGUGUGUACUUCAGGCUUCUGGGUGGAAGAGAAUGCAAUUGUACAUACAAAUACUGUUGCCCCUGCCACAGAAAAUAAGAAAAAAGUGCAGGCAGUACAACUAUGUAGUUCAAAGGAGAAUUCCUUAUCUAAUGCAGAAGGAAGAUCAGGUAAUAGAAAGACAAGUGGAUCAGAUAAAAGCUAUGUCUUUUCUGAAGAAGCUGGUUGGAUUGAAAAUGAAGAGCCAGAGCAAAAAGGAAUUGGAUCUUUACACCUCAGUACAGUAAAUAAAACCAAUAUUACACAGCACUCUAGAAACCAGGGUAAGACACGUGAAUCCUCAGCCAAAUCAUCAAUAGUAGGUAGUGAUAAAGAACACUCACUGACAUGUAGCCUUAGAAAUAACAGUGAAAGUUUAUCAUUACCAGAUGUGCAUCUUGUUAGAAAGCGUAGGAGUUCAGAAAAUGAAACAGUUUCUAUCCCUUCUAAUUCCAAAGAGCCGUAUUUAUCUGGUGUGAAGGAAAGGGAGAAUUCACUGCCAACAAGCAAGGCAGAUUGGAUAGAAGCAUCAGUACAUUUGUCAUCUCCUCAAACUUCAUUUCCCUCUGAAACAAAUAAUAGGACAAAGAAUAAUGAAAGUGAAACACAUUACAAGAAAAACAUAACAGAGACAAAAUCAGAUCAUAGUGCAAAAAACAGCAACAACUCUAAGGAGACAAUGUCGAGCAUAGACAUCUCUGAUGGAGGUCAUGCAGAAAAGUCAUCCAUACAGUGCACUGGAACUCCACUUGAAACUGAAACCAAGAAGACAGGGUCUUCUCAUUCUGGCAGUUCUGCAAAUUGGAGCCGCAACAGACACAAAUUUCACAAAGUAUUGGAAUCAGGAAAAAUGAUGCCACCAGAAGCUUUGCAUUUGCAAUUCCAGGCAGAAAUAAAUCUGCUAGAGUCACUUGAAGAAUCUAGGUUACGACUAGCUCAAAUAGAGGGGCUACAUGCUCUUUCUUUAAUACAGCAUCAGAACUGUCCUGUAACUACACAACAAAAGGAUGAACGAGAGCAGCAGGUUCAGGUUACAUCAGAUCAUCAGCAACAGCGUGCCCCAAAACAGGAUAAGAUUGAUGACUUUGAAAAAAACAGAAGAGAAUUCAAUACAGUUAUUGAAUCCAUGAGAAGAUGUGCUACAUUGUCUGGUGUUGACCCAGAGAUCAUUGAUUGGCUUACAUUUUCAGAUGUGUCAAGUCCAGUGAAGGAGUCAAACACUGAAGUUAGAUUUCAGAAACAAGAAAAGGAAUUAUUCCAAACAGAGAAAAAUGUACUGAACAACUCUGAAAAUAAUUCUUUUGGAGAAAAUAGAGAGAUGCAAAAUGUAAAGUAUUCAUACGACUCUUCCUUCACUUCUGUGAGUGAGGACAUUUCAGGCCAAACAAAUAGUACAAAAAGCAAACAUUCAAAACUCAAUUCACUAAGUGAAAGCACUGUUACGAAAAUAUUAGAUGCAGCUCUUAAAAAAGGACAAAUUUCCAUAGCAGCUUAUUGUAAGUAUGCGAAGUUGAUCCAGGAAGAAGCAAUGCGUGCACAUGAGCAGGACAUUCUUCUGGACACAACAGAGCAGGCACUCCUUGAUCGAUUCAAGACUGACAUGAUGUCACUUGAAACAAACAAAAGACAGUUGAAGCAGUGUGGCAAAGAAAACCUCGUCCCAUCUGUUAAAAAAAAGCAGCGAGCCCUUGUUCUGAAACUCGAGCAUGACAGAGAAGAGAUAAAAAGGUUGCGAAAUAUGUACAUGGAAGCAUCCAAGGAAUGGAGAAAUCUGCUCUUGCAACACCUAAAUCUUGCCAAAUGUAAUGUGACAGACAACAAAACCUUGGGAACAACGCUACAAGAAAGAGCACUGACAACAGCAACAAGCAUCAGCACAGAGCCAGGAAACCCCAUGAACUCAGAAACAAAGAAAUCUGUUGUUCCCAGUACUUCACCUGUGCAGACAGAAGUCUCUUCAAGCAUACAAACAGAAUUGUCACAACAUUCAGCUCAAAGUACAAGAUCAGUGGGUUCAGGUUCCUGGAGUUCCAACCAAAAGAAAGAAAAUUCUCCAGUUCAAAGCAGUGUAGAUGUUUGUACAGAUUUAACAAAAACUGAAACAGCUGCUCAGACAAAUUCAGCUGAAAGUAGACACAGUCUUCUUCCAAGCAAGAGAUUAUGGUCUCAUGAUGAAAUAUCCAACUGGGAACAAUCACCAGGUGAAGAUAAAACGAGAGUAAGGCCAUUCAGAUAUCACAGAGAUCACAGUAUUUCCCCAAUGAGAGUGCUGAAAACUGAGAAGCAGAACAUAAAUCUGAGUGGAAGUGCUGAUUUUCUCCACAUGGAAAAUAAUUCUGCAACCACUUGCUUUGAUAGAGACUUUAUUUCAGUGAAAAACAGUUCUUCUGCGAGGGCAGUGCCAGUCAAAGGAAGCAACAACAAAAACAGUUCUGCUUCUCAGGAAACUGCAGAAACAGUUUCUUCUGCAGAGGUACUGUGCAAGGGCAGUGAUGCCAGUAUUCGGAUGUCUGUAUCUCCACAAAGUGGGAUGAGGAGGCAGUCAAGUGGCUCUGAUGAAUCCGUUAUGUUAUCACAAGGUGACACACCAUCAGAGCAAAGCGAUCUGGAGGGCCGAGUUUGUGCUUUAAGAGAGCAGCUAAGAAGACGUGAACUGGAAGCUGAGCAAUUAAAGAAACUGCAGAGGAAGAAAGCUCGUAGGGAGGAACUGAAAGCUACGGAGCAGUCUUUACUGAAACAGAUACAGGCGCUUGAUUCAUACAUCAAUCGAAUAAAAGAACAACUGAAGCAAAAUUUCAACACAUCCCCCUUACUUGCUGUCAAACCUAAGAUAAAACAGCCCCGUGUCCAGACUGAACAAAUCUCCAAGCAUAUUUUGGGUAGAACUAAGGAAAAGUCAGAACCAUGUAAACAGACUGAACGAAAAUCCAACCAGGUGUUGGACAAAGUUGAAUAUGAAUCCCCACUAGAUGAUAGUUCUCAAAAGUCAAUAUCAAAUGGCCUAAGCACUGAGAUUCCAACUGUGAUUUCAGAACAGACAGCUAACUCUGUAAAAUUUCUGCCAGAAGACACUAAUAGCAUCACAUUCAGGGAAGCACACACUUCUGAAGAUGAUAACCAUCAGGAUGAUAUUGUUUCUGUCUCAGGCUCUUAUGAGAGGACAGAGGGUCCUGACUCCACUGAAGAUUAUAUAUCUCAAGAGAAAAAUAGCUACUCCAAGAACAAGAAUGCCAUCAUAAAGACAUCUUCCAUGAAGGAAAUCAGUUCCUUAAGCUCAGAACAGCAAUGUUCAGGUUAUGUAAAACACACAAAAAGUGAGCAGUCUUUUUCAGCAAGAGCCUUGAAUGAUGGAGUGUCCAUAAUUCCUACCAUGCUUGCCUCAGGCGAUGAUUUUGUUGAAGAGGACAGAGAGAUUUCUGAAAUUUUGGUGAACAGCACUUUUGAUAUGAUUAAUGCAGAAGUUUCAUCAACACAGCAAUGUAAGGGUUCUAAAAAUGACUACACACAAGAUUCUUGUGUUUCCUCAUCCUUCAAGCCUCUUGAGAACUCAUCUGAAGCUAAGUCAAAUAACUUGUUCUCAGAGAGGUCAGACAGUUCUCUCAAUAAUGUUGUCCCCCACAGGACUGUCUCAAAAUCAUGUACAUCAGCUACUAUAAAUGAAGAAUUAUCUGAAAUUGAAGAGACAUCCGUGAGUAUGCAGCAGAUAUCAGACACCACAGAAGUGCAGAAAGCUUCAUCAGCUGAUAGUAUACAACAUGAAAUUUCAGAAAAAUCGGACUUAGAAUCUGAGAAUGUAGUAAAUGUUACAGAUUUAGUGUGUGCACCACAAAAUGUAGGUGAUACAUUCUGUAUCCUUACAUCUGACAUAAAAGUAAUGAAUGCAUCACCUAGUAUUUUGGCAGCUGGAGAAGAAAAAGGAGAGGAUUCUACACAGGAACUGCUAUUAUCUACAGAAAGUCGGAAUCAACCAUCAGAGAAAGAACUAUCUGAGGAAUCUGUAUUGAAUGUCUAUUCACAUACCAAUCAGGGCAGAGAUGGGAUAGAGUUCUGCCACAGUGCAGAUGAUAGCAUCUGCACGGAGAGCCAUCCUGUGUCUGUGCAGUUGAGCUCAACAUUUGUUGUUGAGCAUGAGGAGCAUACACCAGAAGCCCAAACAGUAGAGCAGUCUAAAAUAACUGUUGGCUCUGAAAAGAAUGAUAACAGGAUACAAAAACUAAAGCUUGUUGACAGCAUUACUGAAUCAAUAAUGCUGCAACUUCUGAAGGACUCAUUUGUAUCACCUGACAUUAAACUGAAAGAAUGCGGAGAAGUACCAGAUGGUAAUGCAUCAAGAGAAACAGUUUUAUCAUAUGCACAUAAAUUCAGUGAGACCACCAAGCCAGAGGUUGGUGUAAUAAGUGAAAUUCAAUGUGAUUCAAGAACUGUUAUCCUAGAUGAAGCAGAGAAGCAAGAGAAUCUUGCCAUUGAAAAAGAACCUCACACAAUAAAUGAUAUCUGCAUUGGCAAUACUACUUUCAUCAUUGAUGAGUCUAGUAAGUCUGAGAAAAAUACUUCAGUACUGGUGGAUGAGAUGCUAAAUCACUUCCUAGAAAAUGCUACCAGUGAUGUACUUACCAUAUACAAUGCAAAAAUAUCAAACUCUGACAGACUGUGUGUGCCUUCUGAAGAUUGUAAACAAAGCCCAUCUAUCGAAAUAUUGGAAUCACGCGAUAAUAGUGAUCUUAGUCCACUAGAUCGUGAUUCUAUUUGGAAGCCCUCAGAAAUUAUAAAUGUCACAUUGCAAAAUAAUAAUACCCAUCUCUCAGUUGAUGAUAUGAUAAAUAAUGAUGUAGUGAAAGACUCAUUUCACAACUCGAAAAAAAUUAAUGUUAUAGAAAAUGAAAUGCAAGAUAUGAUAUCAUUUACUUCCCCUGAUAGUAGAAAAGUUCAAGAACUUUCUGUGGAAGAUGUAUUGAAGCCUUUUUCGGAACAUUCUACUUGUGAGAAAUUGAUGACAAGAACUGAUCGCGAACAACCACAUGAAAACAGAAGUGAUGAUGUCUCUUCAGGAAGCCUCAUUACAGAUGAGGGCGACAGUCUACUGCACCAUGGACUUACAACAGCAGAUGAAGUGGUGAUGUCUGAGGAACAUCUGGCAAAUGGCUGUAAGUCAAAAGUUGGUACCCAAAAUGGAAAUAAGUUGAAGGACAUCAGUCAUCUCCAAAAGGUGGAGGUAAGGGGCAAACAGACACUCAACAAUGAGACCUUUCCUCCAGGCUGGUUUGAUGAAGACUUGGAUCUCAGCAACAGCUGGCGUGAAGCUGAGCAAUUACGUUUGCAACAGCUUCACAUUGAGCAAGAGAUACGACGGUUGGAAGAACAGCAGCAUCAGCAACAAGCACUGGUUCUGGUCCGUGAAAUUCCAGACAAGCCUCCACCACCGUACACACCACGUGGUACCACACUGCUGUCAUCUUCAGUGCUUUGUCCGCCACCAGCAAUUGGUGCUUCAGCACCCCGUCACCGUCUUAUAGAACUCGUGGCUGAGGCAACUCCACUGCUCAUUUCCACUGGUACACUGCCCGUGCUGCCUCCGGAAGACUUUUGUACCGGCUACAAUCCUUCCAUCCGCAAGUUCAUCUUUGACCUCAGUAGCAGUCUUGUCAAUGAGGCUGUCAGUGUCCCGUGUACAGAUGAUGAGUAUGGUGAAGAGACUCCUCGACAACAGAUGACAGUGAAGCGAAGUCAGGAAGCAGUGCGAGCACACGUGACACGGAGGGCAACAGCCCUUCUAGAUGGUAGUGCUGGUGCAGGAUCAGGCUCUGCUGGCAAACUCAGGCGCUUGGCUGUAGGACCACGAUGGCGACGACGUGACCAUGUUGAUGAGUUGCUUGUGCGUGAGGCACGUGACGAAGAACCUGGUUGGAUUGACUACCGGCGUGAUGAAGCACAGCUGCGCAAUGAAACAGCAUGUGCACUGCUGCAUGAUUUGCUCGAUGAUACUGUGACUGCUAUUACAACGGCCAUUACAAGACGCAUGGCUCCCAAGACAACAGGUGUGAUGUGAUUAUGUCAUUGUCUUACGUGGGACUUCUGCCACUAACUUGCAGCAGAUAUUCUCCAAAGUUCCAGCACAUUGAAAAGUGAAGACCAUAAAGAUACUGGAACCUUUUCUUUCUCCAGGAACAUGACUUCAGUGUGCUCUAAUUUGAUGGUAUAGUUUAAAAAUGUUUUAUGGCACAUUCACAGUUUGUCAUUUAUUGUGUAAGGCAGUUGCUCAGCAUACCCGUCCACUCUCUUUGAAUUCCACGAAGCAAGCUUUAAGACACAGCUAAUUCCACAAUACUCAGGUGCACAUGUGAGACUGAUUUUAUUUUUUUACCUAAUUUAUCAAGACAUUUUAAUAAAUUCUCAGAUUAUUUAGUAAAAUUUUGGUGUUGAACUGGACAGCUUUAAGUUUAUAGGAAUAAACAGAGUGAAAUUUGUACUUAAAUGCAGGAAAAGCAACUGCAACUCCAGUGUCAGUAUAAACUUGUGUGUGUGUGUGUGUGUGUGUGUGUGUGUGUGUGUGUGUGCGCGCGCUUGCACUUGCGUGCACGUGUUUUUCCAUAUUUUUAUUAAGUAACUGUUGGUGCCUCGGAGUGCAAUUAGUAGCCGUUUUAUUCGUCUUUAUUUAUUUAAAUAUCUGAUUUGAACUUGUUAAUUGAUGACAGUUAUUUUAAUUAUUCAUUUUGUUAAUGAAAUUAUUCUUCACUCAGACUACUCCAAGGAACAAAUUAAACUGAGUUUUAUUUAAUUCUGUGGGGUUAUAUUGUAUACAGUAAAUGUGUAAUAUAGGACACGAUUACAAAGUCUAACAUCAUUGAUUAUAAAGAACAGAGACAUAAACAUCAUUUUAACUAAAAAGAAGUCUUUCAAGAAUAGAAAGCUCCACAGGAAUCUGAAGUGAAUAAAAACUUCAUAUCAUUAUGACUAGUAAUAAAUAGUUAUGAUUUAACCAAUGAGAAAAAGAAAAAAAAGCAUAUACACACUUUUUGUUGUUAGUUGUAUAUGAGAUCUCUUACUUUGUGAAAUUUUUGUUUACUUAUGCUUCUGAAUGAACCUUCUCUGCCCCCACUUUCUCAACUCUGGUUCCUUUCUAUUUUUCUUACUUGACAUUUUUCAUUUGAAAUUUCUAGGUGGAUGUUGCAUGUUCUUGACAUCGGUCUGACAGUAAUUGUGUGUUUAGCUUAGAUAAUGUAAUGUGUCUUACCUAUGUUUUGCAAAGAGUGUUAAGCAAUAUAUUUGCCAUAACUCUGUCUUUAUUUAUAUUAUCUGUUGUCAGACAACUGUAGUUUCCAUCUUUGACAAUGCUGAUAACAUUUGUUAAACAAUAAUUGACGCAACCACAGACAUUAUCUAAAAUUAAAUUGUAUUUCAGAUAGUAAAUGAUGAAACAUUAUGUAUCAUACCAAACUAUGAUUAUAGAUAUAUAUUUUCAUAGUAAUGUUUAUUCCAGAAAAGUGUA